GCAAUUGCUCUCCGGUGACAAGUGGACUGUUUUUACACCUUCCUUCUAAAUAAGGAAGCAUGCUGUCAGACAUAUGACCACCGACCCAAUUUGGGAGCUGCCAAAGUGUCCAUCAUGUUCCGCAGUUGCUUAACGCCACCCAAUGAGAUCUCUCCCUUCCUCGGUUUCACGGGCGCUGUGACAGUGUUCCGUUGAACUCUCCACAGACUUGGCACUGCAGUUCAGCGCCUCUUUUCUUGCUUGCUUGCAACUUCACUCUCCCCAUCCUCCGCCCUUGUAUUAUUCGAAGGGGCAGCAGUGAACUCAGCAUGAUGUAAUCUAGAGAUGCGAUAGCCUGGCAAGGUGAAACAGGGUUUUGGUGAGUGGUGUUCUCCACGGCCUGUGUUGCCCACAGAGAGAGAGAGAGAGGCGCGGGGCUGCAAAACAUGGUAAGCAUCACCGCCACCAUCUCAAGCACUGCCACGCGCACUCCCAUUUCUACUCCUCUGCAUUGGGGCUGUCGUCUCAUGCCCAGACCCCUGAUCCGCGUUCCAAAAAUAAUCCUCUGCCAGCAUGCCGAAGGAAGAAAAACAAGAAGAGUGGUAUUUUUAGGGCCAUUCAUUUUGACCACGUGCCCCGAAGGUAAACCGGAUGGCCAUUGCGCAAAGGUUCCUCAUCAGUAUGUCCUACGAGGCCAGCACGCACUGGACGUUGACUGCGAUUGUUCUCUUGGGGUUCAUAGUGGGGAUUGUGUCAUCAUAUCCUAUUCCAAGCAGGACAAAUGCAACGUUAUUGGAGAAAAGAUGGGAGACCCUCUUCUCCCGCUCCAUUCUGGGCAUCUCGGGGGAGAAAUCGGACCUGAACUGGGAGAAUGACUAUUUGCUAGGUAUCAAAAGAGUCCGGAGGCUCUACUGCAACGUGGGUAUCGGGUUUCACCUUCAGGUCCUCCCAGACGGCAGGAUAAAUGGUGUACAUAAUGAAAACCAGUACAGUCUAAUAGAGAUCUCAACGGUAGAGCGAGGAGUGGUUAGCUUGUAUGGGGUAAGGAGUGAGCUGUUUGUCGCAAUGAAUAGCCGAGGAAGGUUAUACGGAACGGCAGUCUUCCAUGAUGAGUGCAAGUUCAGAGAGAGCAUGCUGCCAAACAACUACAACGCCUAUGAGUCUUCCGUUUACAGAGGCUCCUACAUUGCUCUCAGCAAGCAUGGCCGUCUGAAGAGAGGCAAAAAG